AUGUCGACGGCCGUAAAACGGGCCUGCGACGCCUGCCAUCGCCGCAAGGUCAAGUGCGAUGGCGUCAACCCAUGCCGCAACUGUUCUUCGGCACAAUUGACCUGCACGUACAACGCCAUCCCGCAGAAGAAGGGACCCAAGGGGUCGAGAGCAAAGGUCAUCAGCGAAUUGCGCGAAACACAACGAGCCACGAGCCUGUCGGCAAAAGUACAGAGUCGCCUGAAUGGCCUGGCCAGCCCGCCAUGCGCUCCCUCCAUGGCACCGAAUCAUGGCAUCUUGGCUCCCGAGUUGGUAAAGGAGGCCAUCGACUUCUUCUUCGGCAACAUGUACUCCAUCAUGCCCAUUCUCAGCAAACAGCGACUAGAACAGCAAGCCAUCUACAUGGAGCAGAGCCUUGACACGUACUGCAUGGUUGCGUCGCUUAGUGCUUUCAUGCUUCUCCAGCCUGGCUUUAUCGUCCCAGGCGGCGACCCCCUUUUCGAACAUCCUGGGGCCAACAUCACUUCGAGUCAGCUGCUGAUGGAGGAAGCGAUCCGAGUACGAAAGGGCUACGAAUACACCGAGACACCAACACUUAACACGCUUUGCACAAGCUACUUCCUAUUCGGCUGCUACUACGCUCUCGAAAUGCACGACAAGGCCUGGUAUCACUUGCGGGAAGCCACCACGCUCGCCCACAUGGUUGGCAUGACACAGGAGGACAAAUACAUGCAGUUCGACACGAUUGAAGGAUCCAGAAGGCGCCGCCUGUAUUGGCAGCUCUUCAUUACGGAACGGGCAUACGCUUUGAAAUAUGGACGGCCAAUGUCGCUACCCGCUACGAUCAACCCGCCAAACCUUGCCGACGAUCCUACUGAUCCCCUGGCUCAUCAACUCAACAAUCACAUAAUUCUCGUCAAUCUGUUCAGGCCUUUCGACGACACUUUCAUGCUGCUUUGGAACAAGACCCGGAGCGAAUGCACGCCUGCGUACCUGGCAGCUCUGCAAAAGCAACUCUCUGAGAUCCACCUCCCAUAUGGUGCGGACUCGGAUAUCAGAGCCAACCAGUCGUGGCUGAAGACAGUGGCUUGGAAUAUGAGCGUUCAGAAUGGCAUGUCUCCUGGUAGCGACGACAUGGCUUCCUACCAGUACCCGAUCGAUAUGUCUCGAGACCUCACAUCAAUCACUUCACAGUUCUCUACUCCGAGCACCGAACUGCUUGGUGUUCCACUAGCUGCCAAGCUGCUCGAUGUAUCAUGCAAUCUGGCUGAUGUUCUCUCGAUGAUGCCAUCAUCUGGUGACCCAUUCAGCAUCACGCCCCAACAACAGCUACAGUCGCUUCUCCAGCUAUGUUCAGUAUUGCGUGGAGGCGAGCACCACUUCAUGCAUCUAUUGCUCAACAAGGUCAAUGACACCCUGCCGCGCCUCGCCAACCCACUUCUGCAGCGAGUUCCGGACAAUAUCUGCAGCAUCGACAUCUUUGACGGAUUCGGCAAUGCGGGAAUGGCCCAACCACCUGUCCUCACGGACUUCAAGGCUGAGCAACACUUCAAGCCUGAACCAUAUACCCCGACUCCAGUACCACGAGUGGACGAGAUCGCGCACGACUCGGCAAGCUCCAACGGCGCCCCAACAACCACAGAUCUGAACUCACCAUUCCCGAUGGCGAGCUCGCCCAAUGUCAUGUCGCCUGGCAAUGUCGAUUAUCAGCACAUAGCUGAAUACAAUUCGAUUCCUGACAUUAUGAGCUCCAUGGGUCAAAGCCAACCAUCGACGUUAGCACAUUCAUCACACUUGAACCAACAGCCGAUGCAGCAUCCGCAACAGCAUCAGGGAUUCCAACAAGGUAUUCAGCAACAACACAAUCAUACCAUGCAUGGGCAGAUGCAGAACUCGAUACAAGGGCAAUUGGGACAAUCAAUGAGCCAACAACAGAACUUCACCAGUAUUAGUCACCAGCAACAGACCCCAGGUAGUACUCAGGGGUACAACUCCGUCAAUCAGGGCAUGGCACAAAACUUGAUGAACAACAUCUUGCACCGCCAACCGCCACAGCGAUCUAAUAGCUUCAUCAUUCAUCAACAACAGCAAACGCCACAAAUUCCACGGACCGUCGGCGAGUUUCACGCUCUUCAGCGAACUAACUCAGAUCACGUCAGCAUGAAUUCGAUGAGCAUGAAUGCAAUGAACACGGAUAUGGACUUCAGUAAUCUGAGGUAG